GCUCGAUGACGUUGACUCGUUCAAAACCGAUCGCGCCGAAGAAAAUAUUGGUUCUGCGCGGGAAAGGGCGGCCCAGACAGCCAUCUUUCCAAACGCAGCGCCCUUACAAACCCACUAUGACUCUUCCAUGUGGCUGUACACUUCACAAUGCCAUAUUAGAGCAAAGAUGACAUUUCGAAGCAGACAUUGUGUCAUAAGUCUAGUCUAUAUACCGCAAUAAGAAGACUCACCUGCCCUCGCCUCGUCUUCAUCUCAUCUCCAAAUUCGUCCUGCAUAAAAUGGCCGACGCGAGCACACGUGCGCACGUGAACACUGCGGCCCCGUUCCCAUCUCCGAUCCCCGCAGCUCGCACGCCAAAAAACAUCGAGCCCCCAACACCAGACGACACAGACUCAGAAACCCCGUCCACAACCACAACCCCGCUAAGCCGCAAAGAAAAGCGCAAGCGACAAAAACACACGCCUCCAACACCACCCGACACCGAAAACGAGCACGAACCCUCACCCUCACCCACACCCCACCGCAAGCCCGCAAACCACCCAGCCAAACCUCGCACAACAGCCCUCCCACCCCCAAUGGCGACCCCGAAAGCCGCAAAAGCCGUAAAAGCCGCCCAAGGACCCUUCUCCCUCCUAAUAUGCUCCAUCGGCAACCCAGGCGCGCUCUACGCCAACACAUUCCACUCAGCGGGCCACACGCUGACGAACGAGAUCGCCAUGCGCAAGUCGUACAAGCCCUUCACGCGGGGACUAUCGGGCAUGGUAUCGCGGCCGGACAACACGGUGCUCUCGUGGUCCAUAACAGGGUACACGGCGUCGGACGGCGGGCCGCCCGACGACGACUGGACCUUCUGGCAGUCGACGUCGCUGAUGAACGUCAGCGGCGUGGGCGUCAAGCGCGCGUAUACCGAGUGGCUGCGGCAGGUGCGCGCCGCGGGGCGUGAGGGGAGGCUGGUUGUUGUGCAUGAUGAGCUUGAGGCGCCGCUGGGGAAGGUGGCGGUUAGGGAGAGCUGGGCGAGUUCGCGUGGGCAUAAUGGGUUGAAGAGUAUACAGCAGCAGCUUGGUGGGGUGAAGUGGUGGAGGGUUAGUGUGGGGAUUGGGAGGCCCGAGAGUAGGGGUCCUCAGGAGGUUAGUCGCUAUGUGUUGCGGAAGAUGACGGGUGGGGAGAAAAGUGUGCUGGAGAAGAGCGCCGUGGGGGUUGUGGAUGCGCUGAGAGCGAUUGCUGAGGGGAAACGCUGAUGAGGGGUUGAGAUGGAGCGCCGUUUGUUGCAUUUGUGGGCGUUUGGUCGGCUGAGUGAUGGCGCAUGAUACCCAUCCCUAAAACGACGAAACGAAUCGGAUCGUGUACCAAUAUAAUAAAAUCCAUUCAUAGGCAAACUAGAAUAAGCAUAGGUAUCAUCCUGUACUCCAGUAGAGAUACCCCAAUCAACACCUUACCGAACCCUCCCAA